UACUCCUUCAAGGAGAACGGCUGGGGGACAUACCUUGCUGAGAGACUGGUCAGAAAAUGUGAUGUUGUGAACCGCGGGAUCUCGGGGUACAACACCAGGUGGGCUAAAUUGAUUCUUCCAAGACUGAUCCCUAAAAGUACUAGUGCUGACAGUAUUGCUGCAGUUACUAUUUUCUUUGGAGCCAAUGACAGUGCCUUGCAAGACCUGAACCCCAAGCAACACGUUCCUUUGGAGGAAUAUGCCGCGAACCUCAAGAGCAUGAUACAGUAUCUGAAGUCAGUGGACAUCACUGAGGACAGGAUUAUUUUGAUAACACCACCACCUCUCCAGGAAUCGGCGUGGGAAAAGGCAUGUCUUGCCAAAGGUGACAAACUAAAUCGCUGCAAUGCCACCACUGGGGAGUAUGCCCAGGCCUGUGUUCAGGUUGCUAAGGAAUGCAGAACAGAUGUGCUCGACCUCUGGACACUGAUGCAAAAAAAUCAG